AAGUGUGGGCGUCGGCACCGCGCGCGCUCAGGGCCCCUCGCUGGUCGCAGGCUGCGUCCGCGUCUCGAGAUAAGUCUCGCCCUGUCGGGGAAGCUGGUGUCCAAGACAAGUAGUGCGGUCUGGGCGGAGCGGCCCGAGCCCUCCAGGAGUCGCGUUCCGUACAGCAAUAUGGCUGCGCCCUGGAACUAGGGAAGCAAGGGGUUGUUUCCGAGUGGACGGCGGUCCGGACCAGUUGUAGAUGAGUGCUUUCUCCACCGGGCGAGCCAGGGAUGCGGAGUGAGGUUUCCUAACGGUAGGAGAGGCUGUCGAGUGCGGUGGUGGAAGAGUCUGAAGGAUAUUUAUCAUCUGGCUGCUGUGGAUUACCGCCGGAACUACAAGCAGGCGUUGCCAGUUCCCGGUCGGUGGUGGCGUGUCCGUGAGCUAAAGAUUCCUGGAUCUAGGCGUUAUUUGUGCCCUUUGCUAGAAAUGUAGUUUUGGGCUAAGCAGUCAUUUGAGUUUGAGGUUCCCUAGCGGUCACAGUGUCUCUUCAGUUCAUGUCUCGACCGAGAAACCAAAAUCGCAGGACACUCACCUUUUAAGGAGUUAGAGACUUGAAUACUUGGACGAUGUGGACAAGUGCCUUGAUUCAAGGACUAAAGAGGACAGCAGAAGAAAGGAUCAAACUAAAAAGCGUCUUUGGUUAAGUCGGCUGAAAAUUGAAUGACCAAUUCUGAAAUUAAAAGACAUUUAAAGUAUUGCAUUUUUCCUUAGAGGUGGUAUGUACACACUUACCUUGUAUGUUUAAAUAUAAGACCUACUUGUGUGUACUUAUUUUUUGCAAGAAUGUCUGUGGUGCAUCAUUUGCCACCUGGGUGGUUAUUGGAUCAUCUUUCUUUCAUUAACAAAGUCAACUAUCAACUUCACCAGCAUCAGAAGCCUUUUUGUAGUAAAAACAAGCCCACAUCUUCUGUCUAUGUGGAUUCUCUUCAGCGAGAUCCCCUGUCUCCUUUUGGAGCUCCUGCUACUUGCUUUGCUCCUGACUCCACUACUGUAUCAGGCAACGAGGAUGAAGGAAGUUAUGAAGUGAUCACCCAAAAAUACGUUUUCAGAUCUGAACUAUUUAAUGUCACCAAACCUUACAUAACUCCAGCUGUUCAUAAAGAAUGCCAACAAACUAACAAAAAUGAAAAUCUAGUGACCAGUGAUAAACAAGAGGUCUCCGUUUCUGUUGGGAAGAAGCGUAAAAGAUGUGUUGCUUUCAAUCAAGGUGAACUGGAUGCCAUGGAGUAUCAUACAAAGAUCAGAGAGAUGAUUUUGGAUGGAUCUUCGCAGUUAAUCCAAGAAGGUCUCAGAAGUGGUUUCCUUUACCCACUUGUUGGAAAGCAGGAUGGAAGUAGUGGGCGCAUCACUUUACCACUUGAUGCCUGCAAUUUGUCAGAGUUAUGCGAGAUGGCAAAGCAUUUGCCUUCUUUAAAUGAAAUGGAGCUUCAAACGCUACAGUUGAUGGGAGAUGAUAUAUCUGUUAUAGAGCUGGAUUUAUCCUCACAGAUCAUUGAAAACAACUCCAGCUUUUCCAAAAUGAUUACUUUAAUGGGACAGAAAUACCUGCUGCCACCAAAAAGCAGCUUUCUUUUGUCUGAUAUUUCUUGUAUGCAGCCACUUCUUAACUGUAGUAAGACAUUUGAUGUAAUUGUGAUUGAUCCACCGUGGGAGAACAAAUCGGUUAAAAGAAGUAACAGGUACAGUAGUUUAUCACCACAGCAGAUAAAGCAAAUGCCUGUCCCUAAGCUGGCUGCUGCUGACUGUCUCAUCGUUACUUGGGUGACCAACAGGCAGAAGCAUCUGUGUUUUGUGAAGGAGGAACUAUAUCCUUCGUGGUCUGUGGAAGUUGUUGCAGAGUGGUACUGGGUAAAAAUCACAAAUUCAGGAGAGUUUGUGUUCCCGUUGGAUUCUCCACACAAAAAGCCUUAUGAAUGUCUUGUACUGGGGAGAGUUAAAGAAAAUACUGCAUUAUCUUUAAGGAACACAGAUGUAAGAGUACCUCCUGUUCCAGAUCACAAGUUGAUCGUCAGUGUACCUUGUGUUCUUCACUCACACAAGCCACCUCUUGCUGAAGUUCUGAAAGACUACAUCAAGCCAGGUGGCCAGUGUUUGGAAUUGUUUGCUCGAAAUUUGCAGCCAGGUUGGAUGAGUUGGGGUAACGAGGUCCUCAAGUUUCAACACAUGGAUUAUUUCAUUGCUCUGGAGGCCAGAUGCUGACUAUAAAAGUUGUGCUGUCUUUACCCCAGCUCCUUCCUUCAAACUCAUUUCUGCUUGUACCAGUCAGUGUGCUUGCAUAUGAACUUUUAUACCCAUCAGUGUACUUAGAAUUGUACAUUUUAUACUAAUCAGUGUGCAUAGAAAUAUACAUACAUCUCCCACAGUUCUUUGCAGUGAGUCCCUUCCUUCCUUCCUUCCUUCCCUGAUCUCUGGCAAACAGUGGUUUGUUUUCUCACAUUAGUGUUUCCUGGUUAGAAGCUCCUGGAUGUGGAGUCAUAGGAUGCAGAAACCCUUGCAUCUGGCUUCUUCCACUUGGCAUUCAGGAAAACCACCAACACUGUUUAUGCUCCACUCCCUGCUCACUUAGCAAGAUGGUUAGACUGAGAGUCUUUGGACAAGCUCACUUUGCCUACUCACUGAUUUCACCAGACAUUAAUUUUGAGGUUUGUUCAUCUUUUGAGGGUGUAAGGUUAAUAUCUUUUAUUAUUCUUUUAAACUGCCAGUUGAAUACAAGGCUCAUUGAAUUAUUAAGUAUAUUCCUUUAAGCUUUCUAUGGAGUUCUCUUGUCUAAAUUUUUUCGUUUGUUUGUUUCCAUGCACCAGAUAUCCUGACCCGUACCCGACUUCCUGCCUUAAAAAUAAAACCAAGGCCACACCUAGCAUGAGACUGGCUUAGUUGUUGCCCUUGCUCUGCCCUCCCUGUGGGAUUUACCUAUUGUGUCCAUUCCAGUUCUCAAACUGCUCCUCCCUGCGGUCCCAAGUCUCCCUUUUCAAGCUCCCCACUUAGAGACAGAUAGUUCAUCUUUUGGGACAGAUUCUCACUAUGUAGUCCAGGUUGGCCUUCAACUUUAAUCUCCUUACCAGGCCCUAGAUGUAAACCAGAAAGGUUUUUAGUUUCAAGAACACAUGAGGUUAAGCCUUUUUUAUUGAUAUGAUUCAAAAGAUUGUAACUAUUUCAAAGGGCCAGUUUAUGUUUUUUCUUUUUUUUAAUUCUUUAAUGUUUUUUAAAAAAGUGUUAUUUCUGUGUAUUUGGGUGUUUUGUUUGGAUGUAUGUACAUGCACUAUGUAUGUGCCUGAUGUCUGCAGAGGCCAAAAGAAUCAUUGGAUCCCCUGGAGUUACAGAUGGUUAUGAGCCAACAUGUCCUUUAGAAUAGCAACUGGUGCUCUAAACUACUGAGCCACCCUCAGCCCUGGUCCUCACAUUCUUUGAAGGGGUUUCCAUGUCUCCUCACUUUUCUUUUCAUGCACUACCCACUUGUUGCAGUCUUGGGGCUUUCUAUUCCCAUCCCUGUUCCUGAAAUGACUCUGAGAUUUAAUUAUUUAUGAAUAAAUGCCUUGGCCGUAAGUUUUGACUCAUUCCCCAAUUAACUUGUAACUUAUAUAAUCUGUUUAUUCUAGUCUGUGUCUGCCACAUAGUUGGUUACCUCUGCUCAGUUUCAUAUACCCAUCUCCUCUGAGUCCAGGCGGAUGAUCUUACUGCUCAGGCUAAUGGACCUGAGUUUAUUCAUUUUCAUUUUUAAAAAUUUUAUGCCUCUGAAUAUCUUGUAUGUAUAUAUGUAUGUAUGUAUGUAUGCUACACGUGUAUCUUGUGUCAGCAAAGGCCAGAAGAAGAUGCUGAAUCCCCUAGAACUGAAGUUAUAGGGGGUUGUGAGCUGCCACAUGUGUGCUGGGAAUUUGAACAGCAAGUACUUUUAAUCAUAGAGCUGUCUAUCCCUGAACCUGAGAUCUUGACAACACUUGUAUUAGCUCCCACUUAAAGGGCUCAUUGUGUGUGUUCGGAAUGUUUCUUACAUUAUCAUGGAAAGUCAGUUUUCUUAAGUUCCAACACAGCGCUUCUUCCUAGAGAUUUCAUAGGUAAAUUGAUAGCCUGAGAGAGGUUUAAGAUCUAAUAGACUGGUAACUCUUUUGAUUAAGCCAUUAGCGCUACCAUGACCUCGGGUUUAUCUGCUCAGACACAUUUUAAGGAAGUUCUACAAAACACUGAGUACAGGAAGUUAAAAGGGGGAGAUUCCACAGACCAAGGAUGCUACAAAUGAUUCAUGUUGUCUGUUGUCUGUUGUCCGUUGUCUGUGUGGAUGUCCAAAUCCUUGGACCAGAUAAGAACAGAAAGACUUUUGGGAGUGGAGAACAGGAGCAUCAUUGUCCACUCAUCUUUCAGUUCGAGAGGCUUAAGUAUCCAGUGUUGAUAGCAGGUCACCCUACAGUCACAGCUCAGGCAAGCAGAUGCUUUAUUCAGUGUCAUUAAAGACAAUAUAGCAUCCAGAUCUUUUGUCCUUUAGCACAGUCUGGUUUUGAACCUGCUAUGUCAUUAAGGCUGGUACUUUUACCCAAAAAACCUGGCCUAAAAAACAUUUUUACUGGAGAAACAGACAAACUUAUGCAACAUAGUAUACAGAUACCAGCAUUACUUCAUAUAUAUAUAAUCCAAAAGGCAAAGCCCCUCAGGUUCCAUGCAUCUUGAGCCUAGACCUCAGAGAUUGCUGAAGUCUUUGGUCCUAUCCUGUUUAACACCUGCAGAGUUGCAUCAUGAGAAUUGCCAUUCCAUGGGUCUGCAGAGCUUCAUUGUUUAGCUGUAAGUUUCUCACUUCUCUAUAGUUUUACAAGAGCCUGAGAGAUAUUUGAAGUGACCUCUUGAAGAACCAGAAUGUUCUUGAUGUUCUUAACUGCUAAGAGGCUCAUUGAUGGUAACAUUGUUCCACAAUGAAUGAAAUUUAUAAUUUGUUCAACUGUUCUGCCACCUACAUAGUUGCACACAACUCAUAUAGCUCAUGUGUAUUUUAAAAUUUAACUUAGAAUAGCAACAAUCAAUAGUACUGAUCCAAGAUUCACAGUUUGGGGAUCUGGUCCUGAUGGCGGAUUCCUUCUGAAUGCUAGUUGCCAGGUUAGGUUGUAGUCUGGAAAGGACACCAACUGUUCCUCCAUCUAUCACACCCGAGUCUGUUCAUGUUUUAGUAACAAUGUUUCCUAUGUCUCUGCAAAGGCACCACUGUCAGUUUCAUAGCUCCUAGGUUCUAGACUAGACAAGACACAGCUGUUUCCAUAAGCAUCUCAGCGCAUGCAUUUGGCUGAUCUGCAGGAUAGGAAGUAGCUGAGCUGCUCCCUGCUAGUGCUUCUGUGUGGUAUGCGUGUUGAUGGCUAGCUGCGGUGUGCUUCCGUGUGGUAUGCGUGUUGAUGGCUAGCUGUGGUUGUACAUCCUCCCCUUUCUUCCCUCAAGGUGCUCAGGUGCUGUGUGAAUGGAUGGGGUGUGCAGGAUCCCAGUCCAGCUAGGAGUGAGUGCCUGCCUUCUCCAAGGAUUUUAGUGUUAGAGCUUUUUAAGCCAAUACUUAAUGAAACUGCUCUCUUAGAUGAUCUGCAGUGAAACAGCUGGUGUGCAUAUGCUUUAUUUGGGGGUGACUGAGGGUUAUUUGUAUGAACCUAAGAGAGUGGGAAGGAGUUUUCACCGUGAAUGUAAAAAAUUAUUGGCAGGAGCUUAACUGUACUGUGGAUGCCUCAUUUGCAUAGAGAGUCAUUCUAGGAUUCCCAGGUUCUUGCUGGGAGGGUGGGUUCUUAUUGGGAAAGAGGAAGUUGAACUUGUAGGUUUGUCAAGGACUAUGUGACAUUCUUCAGAUAGAAGACUGGGGGUCUGGCUCCCCAAAUCAGGAAGAGAAAAGGAAACCCUGCUAAGAAAAGGGCAUGGCAGAGACCUGGGAUGGAGAAAGCUCCAGGAGUCUAUGAGGCUGACCCUAUCUGUGACACCUAGUGGUAGGAGCCUGAUGUAGCCACCUCCUGUGGCCAGGCAGGACUCCCAAUGGAGGGACACAAACAUGAGCCCUCUCCCCCCCAAAAACCUUUGACCCAAAAUUUUCCCUGGCUAAAAGAGGUGCAUGGACAAAGAUGGAGCAGAGACUGAGGGAAUGUCCAGCCAAUGACUGGCCCAUCCCAUAGGUGAAAAUCAGUCCCUGACACUAUUAACGAUACUCUGUUAUGGUUGCAGACAGGAGCCUAGCAUAACUAACUGUCCACUAAGAAGCUUCAAUCAGCUGCUGACUGAAGGAGAUACAGAGAUCCCCACUUGAAACCAAAUCUCAGAAAACUGACCUAUCAUGCACAGCUUACACACAGCUUGUUUACUAUAGGAGCCUGUGCAGAUACUGGCAGAAAUGAAUGCUGGGGAAGCACCUCCAUCUACUUCUGCCUUGGUUUCUUCUGAUGUGCUGGUCCUGAUGUGAGAGCACAUGCAGAUUCAAGCCAAACAGCACUGCAAUCUGUUCUGGGAUCAUAAUUUCAUAAUGUUUGUUCAUUUUUAGAUUUGUUUUCGAGGUGUGUAUACAUGAGGGUACACAUCUUUGGAGGCCAAGAGAGGCCCUCAAAUCCCAUGGAAGUGGAAUUACAGAGAGUUAUGAGUUUCCCUAUGUGUGUUCUGGGAACCAAAUAUGGCUCCUCUACAGGAGCAGCACAUACUUUUAACUGCUGAGUCAUUUCACCAACCCUGUGAUGGUUAUUUUUGACAGUAUACAUCAUUGAAAGUGCCUUAAGAGGGUCACAAACCAAAUCUGGUGUGCCUGAGAAUGUUCUCAGGGAGUAUCAACCCAGGGAGGAAACCCCCCCUGCAUUUGGGAGACUCCAUCUGAUUUGCUAGGAGUCCAGGUUAAAUAACAGGAGAAGGAGGACAAGUGUCAGUCAGCAUGACCAUACGUUUGCUCUCUGGCUGUCAUUAAACUGCACAACUUUGCAAUGCCCUCCCUACCCCGCCAUAAUGGACAGAACUGAAAACUGAGCAAAAUUAAACUUUCCUCCAUUUAAGUUAUUUAUGUCAGGUGUGCUGUCACAGAGUUGCAGAAGCUAAAAUGGUUUCCUGGUACUUUGAGUAGAUUGCAGGUUACUCUCCCAGUUGUUACUCAUGACUGUGACAGCAGGAGCAACAGAACGCAGGUGCACUUCUCCUGCCAUGGAGAAGUCGCAGCUUCAGGAAAUGCUAUUUCUCAUUUUAAGCCUCUGUCUCCUCCACCUUUCCCAGCACCAGAUUGCUUCCAUGUACCUGGUACUGGCUCACUUCUUGAUGAUAUUUGCAUCCAGAGUCUGUUAAGAUUUGCAUUUGGUGUAUACUGCUGCAAAACUAGGAGAAAGCUGAGUUCACCCCACAGGGGGAACUGUCAGGCCACAGCUGGGCUGCUUUUGGAACCUUUCAGUGUGGCUCAGAUAAUUUCUCUCUCCUUGUUAGAUUAUAUGAGGUAGAUGCUUAUAUAGAUGCUUUUCAGUAUCCUCAUACCAAUGCAUGUCAGCCCAAUCUGACAAAGUAUGCUUUGAACUGAGGUUAAUUUUAAGCUGCAGGCUGAGAAUCAGAAAUAAGAAAAGAUCCCAGCCCUGAACUCAUGUGUUAAAAAGCAGGAUAUGAGUUUAUAAAGAUGACUAUCCAUUCUCUAUAAGGAAAGACUGAAGGCUGAAGUUUAUCAUAAACCUGAGGGAAUUCUCUGUCAUUAUCAGCCUGGGGACAACACCCCAGAAAGGCAUCUACCUUUCUAUCAUCAGCACUGGCUUCUCCACAUCUCAUAGGGUAAGAGAUUCAGAUCCUUUCCCUUUGUUUUUUAUCUCUUCUCCGGUUUAUUAUUCUCUGUUGAAGAUAUUGUUCUAAACCAAACUGCAAAGCCACUUGUGGGAAUUUCUUAUUCCCUGGGUAACUCCUAUGUGGGUUUGAAAUACACAUGUUAAUAAGCUUCUGUUUGUUUUUCUCUUGUUAAUCUGUCUUUUAUUACAGAAGCCCCAGCCAGGAAUUUAUACAGAUAGAAGGAACAUUUUUCCCUCCCUCAUACCACAUCAAAACUGCCAGUCUAUAAUGACUGAAUGAGCAGACUCUUACCUUAAUAUAUCCUCGGACUUAACUGAAUAGACAUGACUUGUGCAAAAAAUUAGCAGACUGUCAAAUACUGCAGCAUAGUCAAACCUGGAGCUGUGCAGUGGGGCUGGAGCUUAGAGAGCACUAAGAGGGGAAAUGAAGAGGCACCUUGAUUAAAUUUCAGUUUAUUUCCUAACUCAGGCUAGUGGUUGUAAUGUUGUUAAGAGACAAUAGGCAACUAGAACGUGCUGUUUCAGAAGAGUUACAAAGACACAUUGUCCUCUAGAUUGUAAACUUAAAAAAAUUAGAUAUAAUGAAUGCACGUGAUUUUGUCAAUUUAAUAAAAUGAUAUUAAAUUUACUGAUGAAUUAAAGACUUGUUUUUCUACAUUACCGAAAAAUAAAUUACAGUAUUUAAAA